CCGAAAGAUAGUAGAAGUUGACGAUUAAAAGCAUAAUGGCAGCAUAGUUAAUCCAUGACGCAAUAAUGUUAUCGCACGGUGCAUUUCAAUGCUUUUCCGCUCUUUGCGGAUUGCGCUUCGUGACUGUACUGACACUCCAUUAGAACACAUAAGCACAUUCUAUUGACGCUUCUGCGAACUUCGGUCGUCUAUCGAGGAUUUCGUAGUGCAUCUCAACCUGUCGUUAAAUACAGCAAUGAAUUCGAUAUAACCAAACCGUAAUUGCUUGGACUGCAUUAUGACGGACUGGGUGUGAGUGUGUCAACUCCGCUUUACCUCUAAUCAUUUGGUAUAUUAUAUUAUUUCAAUUUGUUGUAGGGUGCGAGCGUGGUUUCGCGAAAAUGAAUGUUGUGAGUACUGAAUGAAAAUGAGUCGAAUGCAGGGGAGAGGUUGUUAUAGUUAUUUGAGGAAAAGGUGAGGUCACACAGUUGCAAUUAUCUGAAUGGCCUAUUAGAAUUUGCCAUGCGCGUGUAAGAAAGGAGUGUAAAUGUUCUCCCUGUAGCGAAACUUUCAUAAUGACAACAUAACCUCAUUUUUAUAUUAAUAAGUUUUCCUGGAAGUCAGUCGUGAUCGAGUGACAUUUGAAACCAGAAUCUGCGAGAGAUUCCCAUGUUUCUGAGGUGGUUUUCACCCAAAUGAGGACCAAAACAUUUGUGUUGUUCCUGAUUUGUGUUGUGGCCACCAGUGUGUUCCUUAUUGUAUUCGGUAACCAGCGCCCGUCUAUUCAAAGUAUAGUUUCAGAAACCCAUAAACAGCUUAACAAUUUGAAGAAUUUCAAGGAAAAUUUGGAAAAUGCUGAAGAAAAACGUUUGGUGGCUGAUGAAAAAUACCUUACCCUUCUUGGAUUCACAGAGCAUGCUCGCUUGUACCCAUCGGCAGUAUGGAAAAAUACUUCCUUACCAAUUGUUGUGACAUACGUUUCGGAUGGGCAAGAGCAACAAGCAGUGGGAUUUGCGAGAAAUGUUGCUCACUUCUUACCAAACCACACUGCCAUAAUAUAUAAUUUGGGAUUAGGGCAGUAUGGACUGCAAAUGCUCCUGACUCAUUGCAACAGCAGCCGUUGUGUAGUUGUGAAUUUUGAUUUUAGUGCUUUCCCAUCUCAUGUUGAAGAGGAGAGAUUGCAUGCCUUCCGACCACUUCUUAUACAGGAUGCAUUGAACAAAGCUGGUGCUGUUCUUUUCAUGGAAUGUGAUUAUCGAUUAUUAACUGGUCGCAUUGAGCCUUUGCUGCAGACUGCUCUAAAAGGAGGGGGGGUGUUGGGAUGGGCAACUAAGAGAGCUACAUCGUCUCUUACUCAUCCCAAAAUGUUUGAUUACUUCCACACCACAGCUGAAAGUUUUCUGUUUCUGCCAAUGGUAGAGACCAAUAGACUGUUGCUUUAUAAUACUGAAGGAGUUCAUGAAGAGCUAAUGUUACCAUGGAUUCAGUGCGCUCUUACUCCUGAUUGUGUUCAUCCUAUUGGUGCACAAUCAGGAGGAUGUCGCUUUGAUAAGAAGCCACAGUAUCGGUAUUCAGGCUGCCACCGUUAUGAUGGUUCUGCUCUGAAUAUUGUACUGGGUCUCAGGUUUGGUCUCGAUGAAACACAGUACACUUAUCAGGGUCAUGAACAGUUCUUCAGACGUGUGGGGCCUGAUGUGGCAGCUGCAGAAAUGGUGGGCCUAGAGAACAACACCACUGAAGCCACAUCAUCCAACAGGGACAUAACUUGAGUUGUGCAGUGUUACUGUAUACCUGGGUUUCGCAUUUAACUAUGCUGUAUCUCAUUUACCUGUCUUGAACGGACAGUUUUUUUUUCUUUUGAAAUGUGAUGCUGCUACUGUAUGCAAGGUGCUCUUGUGUAACAUGCCAUUGCAAUCUGCAUUCUUAAUUUAUCUAGGUGUUGACAUAUGUACAGAAAAGUCAUGUAUGCAGAUUAUGUACAUAUGAUACUUUGCACUUUGUACGAACCAUAAGGUUUCUGUGAUCAUGGCAGAUAGUAGAUUUUGUAGAACAGUGAAAUUUUUGUUUUCAUUGUUUUGCUCCUUGUGAGUCAGCAGAUCAGUAGAGCAAUAGACACUAAAGUGUCAGUGCUGUUGUUGUUUGUAUUUAUUUGUGAUUGUUGUUUUAUUUAUAUUUUGUUGAAAUAUCUCCCUCUUUAAAAACAUGCUAACUUAUCUACAGUAAUGAAACCACCAAGGAAUGUUGGUCUUCCAUGCAUUGUACAUAUCCCUUUGCCCAUAGACAUUCCCUACUUUCUAAUAGGAUAUAUAUAUUAUUGCAUAAUGUGUUUCGUGACUAUGCUUUAAUUCAUUACCUCUGGCCUAGAAUAUUCUAUGAUGUUACAUAACAAUGAAUUAGAAAUACUUUGUUGGUGAUGUCAUUCAUAUUGAGAUUUAAAAUUUUUGAAAUUAACACAAAAGAAACUUGAUUGUUUGAUUUACAAUAAUGAAAUAUUUGGAGAAGACCAGCAGAAGCAUUAACAUGUUCUUUGUUUCACUGAAUUUUUUGUAUAGAAAUGUGUAAAAUUAAAGAAUCAGCAAAUAUGUAUAUACAUAUACCAUAAAAAUUGUUCAUAUUCUUGAAACUAUUUUCUAAAUGUUGAUUAUAUGUGGUUGUGUUUAUAUACAUAUACAGUAUAUAUCGAAUAAUUCUAAAAGAGAAAUUCAGUGACAGAGUGCAUGCAGUAUUAGGCAAAGAUGUUAAAUUGUGAUUGAAAUAUAAUACGAGCAGCUGUGUUUGAAGGUAGCUAGUAGAGUAGAUUGUUCUCUUCAAUACCAUGAAUGCAGAAACCACUGGAUAAAGAUCUCAAUUGUUUUCUUUAGAAAUCUUUUUCUUGAUUUUAUCAUGUGGAAGCGUGGACCUGGUAUCAAGUAUUAUGAAGAGAGAAAUGUAAAUUGAAGUAUUAAAGAGAUCUUGCCAAUAUUUUAUUUUGCUGCAAGGUUUGCAGAACAAGAACAAAUUGUACUAUUUCUUAGAACAGAGUACACUUCCUUCCCUAUUUCACUUUUGCGUGUGUCAACAGCUUUUGUAUCACUUUCUUUCUGAAGACCUCAUUUGCUCUUUCAAAUAAAGUCCUGUGUUUCAUAGAUAAGAGUAUCUGGAAAGACAGUAUACAUGGAAAUGUACACAAACUUUGUAAACUAACAAAAGAACUACACUCUGCAAGCUUUUUUUCCUUGUAAUAAAGAAGCCAUUCUCGUAUUUGUGAGUUUUAUUUGAUAUUGAUACUUUCAGGAUUUCCUCUUAUCCUGUUUUAAUUGGAAGAUUCUAAAGGAAACAACACAAGAGUACAGAUCAGAACAAGAGUAUAGCUAUUUGUGAAAAGGAAUUAACUCACAUUUAAAAAGUCUUUUCUUGCCA